AUGGCGGGAAGAGGAAGAGGAAGAGGAAGAGGAAGAGGAAGAGGCAGAGGUAGAGGCGGAGGCAGAAACGGGUCAAAGCAAGAAGACCCAGAAAGCCACAGAGACCAAGAAGUCCAGGAAACUCACGAGAAUGGUGUCUCAGAAAACGGUAGCUUGGAAAAGGAGGAGACUUUGGGGAAUCAAAGUGAUGGGUCAAAAGGGGUUGCUGAGACUAUGAAGAAGAAGAAGCGUGGCAGGAAGAGUAAGAAAGAUUUGGAGGCUGAUAAAGUGGAAAUCAUAAUGGGGAAGGAGGAGCAUAGUUUGGAAAAACAAAAUGGAGAGGAAGGGGAAGAUAAAGGGGUUGCUGAGACUAUGAAGAAGAAGAAGCGUGGCAGGAAGAGUAAGAAAGAUUUGGAGGCUGAUAGAGUGGAAAUCAUAAUGGGGAAGGAGGAGCAUAGUUUGGAAAAACAAAAUGGAGAGGAAGGGGAAGGUAAAGGGGUUGCCUUGUCUGAGAGGGAGAGCCGAGGAAGGAAGAGAAGCAGAGAUUUGGGGAACUCUGAUGAAAGUUUGAGAAAGUCGGCAGGUUAUUCGCUUAGGCCUGUAAAAGUUCCUCUAAUGCAAGAAGAGCAAACAAAAAAUAAGCAUUCUAAAGAAUUUGUUGAGGAGCAAUCCUUAAUGUGCCAUCAAUGUCAGAGGAAUGACAAGGGCAGGGUUGUUCGCUGCAAAAGUUGUAAGAGAAAACGAUAUUGCGUUCCUUGCAUACAGAACUGGUAUCCUCAGACAUCAGAGGAUGCCAUUGCUGAGUCUUGUCCAGUAUGCCGUGGAAAUUGCAAUUGCAAAGCAUGCUUGCGCAUAGAUGUACCUGUGAAGAAUUUGAUCCUGGAUUUUAAAAUUGAGGACGGUGAAAAAGUUGAGCACUCUAAAUAUUUGAUUCAUACUUUGCUUCCAUUCUUGAAAAGAAUUAAUGAUGAGCAAGUUAUUGAGAUGGAGAUGGAGGCUAGGAGACAAGGUACAUUCUUUCUGUCUCUUUCACACAGGUUUAACUGUUUUGGAGCUAAAGACAAAAAGUCAGAUGUAAAAGCUGAUGAGCGUGUGUAUUGCAACAACUGCAAAACUUCGAUUUUUGAUCUUCACAGAACCUGUCCUAGUUGUUCAUAUGACCUCUGCCUCAACUGUUGUCGGGAGAUCCGAGAUGGACGCUUGCAGGGAGGUGGGGAGGAAGUGAUUAUGGAAUAUGUCAGUCGGGGCCUAGACUAUUUGCAUGGUGGAAAGGAAAAGGUGGAACUGCCUCCAGAAACUAGCCCUAAGUGUUCUGGAAGGUCAACAUUUGAGUGGAAACCAAAUGAAGAUGGAAAUAUUCCUUGCCCCCCAAAGGACAUGAAUGGUUGUGGUGAUGGUAUUUUAGAAUUGAGAUGCAUGUUUCCCGAAAAUCACAUCAGGGAGUUGGUAAAGAAAGCAGAAGAAAUAGACAAAGCUUACAAUCUCAUGCGUUUAAGUGAAACUUUGACAGAAAGGUGUUCAUGUCUCAACUCUGUGGACGAUGUUGGCUCAAGCAGCACUAAAUCAAGGAAAGCAGCUUCUAGAGUUGCUUCUGAUGAUAACUAUUUGUACUGUCCAAGGGCUGGAGAUAUCCAGUGUGAUGAUUUUAAGCAUUUUCAGUGGCAUUGGUUCAGGGGUGAGCCCGUAAUUGUGAGUAAUGUGCUUGAAACUACAAAUGGUUUAAGCUGGGAACCAUUGGUCAUGUGGCGUGCUUGUCGUCAGAUGAAACAUAUUAAGCAUGGUAGACAUUUGGAUGUGAAGACCAUUGACUGCUUGGAUUGGUGUGAGGCGGAUAUCAAUAUACACCAAUUUUUUACUGGAUAUUCGAAGGGCCGGUUUGAUUGGGAAAAUUGGCCUCAGAUUCUGAAACUUAAGGAUUGGCCGCCGUCUAAUUUAUUUGAGGAGCGCCUUCCUCGUCAUGGUGCUGAGUUUAUUUGUUGUUUGCCAUUCAAGGAAUAUACCCAUCCUCGCAGUGGUUAUCUGAACCUCGCGACCAAAUUGCCUAAGAAGCCUAAGGAUUAUGUAAAGCCUGACAUGGGGCCCAAGACAUAUAUUGCCUAUGGUUUUGCCCAGGAGCUUGGGCGUGGAGAUUCUGUAACCAAGCUUCACUGUGAUAUGUCUGAUGCGGUCAAUGUUUUGACACAUACUACUGAAGUGACCCUUACUCCUAAGCAACUUGCUACUAUAGAAAAGUUGAAGAAAAAGCAUAUGGAGCAAGACCAAAGGGAAUUUUCUGGGGAUUGUCAGACUCAGGAUGACUUUACGGAUAGUGGUAAUCCUGGCAGUGGAUCGUGUUCCAGGGAUGCAAAUGAUAAAGAAUUUUGUCUUGAAGUUGGUAAUAAAAAAAGUGGUUCAUCGGUUCAAGAGUUGGAUAAAUCAAAUGUUGGGAAUGAUGGAAACUUUUCAAAGGGAUCUGAGUCUGAAAAGAUUGUUUCAAAGGGAUCGGAGUCUGGAAAGAGUGUAGAGGAAAAAUUAGAUCAUGAUGAAAGUGGUGAAAAUAGUGAGCAUUCAAUAAAUACUGGGAAUAAGUUGGAAAGGUCAAAUGAAGCAGAAGGUGGUGCUUUGUGGGACAUUUUCCGGAGGCAGGAUGUUCCUAAGCUGGAAGAAUACCUCAGGAAGCACUCUAAGGAAUUCAGGCACAUACACUGUUGUCCAUUGCAGCAGCAUAAAAAGAAGCUCAAGGAAGAAUAUGGAAUUGAACCAUGGACGUUUGUCCAAAAACUUGGGGAUGCUGUCUUUAUUCCUGCGGGUUGUCCACAUCAAGUAAGAAACUUGAAGUCAUGCAUCAAAGUUGCGAUGGACUUCGUUUCACCUGAAAAUGUCAGCGAGUGCUUCCGCAUGACAGAAGAGUUCCGAAAACUUCCACAAAAUCAUAGGGCAAAAGAGGACAAGUUAGAGGUCAAGAAAAUGAUUGUUCAUGCUGUUAACAAUUUGAUGUCUCCAGAUCAGAAAGCAAGAGCCAAUGCAUGGUCGGAGGUGUGCUGGUGUCUCAAAGUCUGUGGCAAAACCUGA